GCUACCUCCUAGUUGCUAAUUGAUGAAGUUGCCCCUUGCUUCCUCACACCUGAUCAACAUCUGUGCUCGACUUUGCACUUCAUUGGAUCUGGCCAUAAACUCUUCCCACCAGUUGCUCUUUCCACAACUGCGUGUGCACCGUUUGCACACUACAUACUUUCAAGCGAGCGCGAAGUCUGGCGUAAGUAGGCACGUAGCAUUGGCGGCUUCGACUUGCACUGUAGAACCUGGACGAAGUCGAGCGGUCCCAGGUCGUGUCUGCCGCAAACAGCUCAUUUCUGGCCUUCAUUGAGCUUCAUCCUGAGGCCAUGGCAGACAGCGACAGUGACACCGAUCCGGGAAGGUUCCUUCGAGAGAUGGGAUAUGGGAAACCUGGCGGCCCUCAGAUGCCGGAGAUGCCAAAGGCACAAGACGUUCGGAAACAGCGAGAUACGCGAGUUGCUUCUAUCUUCAGAAAUUUCCGGUUGCUUAAAAAGAUCCUGGAAAGACACGAAGCCACAAUCCAGAAACGAUGGUUGAAGAAGACGCGGGAACAGAAGCGGAAAAUCAUUCUUGCCGCGUGGGGAGGUACCAUGCCGGUUACCCAUCGACCUGACUUCGCAGUGUUUAGGAAGAUGACAGAGCGGGGAGUGGGUGCGCAGUAUCGCUCAGAGUUGAUGUGGCCCUUCAUCAAUCAAGAGGACCUCACAAAGCCAAAGACAUUACUUCUUUUCCUGAAUGCUCGUGGUCGAAAUGAUCCUUGCGACUUUGCAGCUGCAGAAUACGAGUCCAUGCACAUUGGAAUUGUCACUGAGUCUAUAACACCUGCAUUUCUAAAUCUCCACGUCAUGCUCUUCAACGGCAAGAGAACAGAGGCCGAAUAUGGCCGGCUGCUUCAUUGGAACGAUCAUCCAGAUGCUGGUCAAUGGUGUUGUACAAGAAAGCAUAUGCAACCCGGCGAGGGACUACUCAUAUUGGAGUCCCAGGACAGGACAAUGGAUUUCCUCGUCAAGUGCGCCAGGAACAUCCUCCACGACAUAUCCGAGGAAUCGCUGCUGGACUAUCCAGCUCAGCCAGCGCCCCCGCCCAUAACAGACCAAGAAAGCGGACUUGCAUCCUUGGCGCUCAUGAAAGCAGAAGCUCCAUAUCGCAUUCCUGCUCAUCUCAGUUGGGACCGAAUGGUUAGCCUCCUGGGUGCGAAGCGAGCGGCUGCCGAGGAUCAUCUGUGGUCACUCCGUGAAGACCCGCUGUACUUCUCGAACACUCUGCGUGAGAUGCGUGAGCAUCGUCAGGAGUUGAUCAAAGAUACCCGCGGCAAGGAACAUCCGUAUCUACGAUUUGGGCGAGAAGACAUAUUAUGGGGGUGGAUAACGCAUCGAGAAGUAUCUUCGGCCUUCAUGAAGCUCGAGUGGUGAGCGGAGCUGCACAGACAAGCACUAAAGCUGAGAGACCUGGAAAAGAAAUACUCGAAGAGCAUCAAGCCUGAAGAUGACCUACCGGCGGAGUAUCUGCUCGCAAUACUUCGCUUCCGCCACCUGUUGUAUCAGACCACGAAAGGGCCAAUCG